GUUCGAAGGAGACGACUGUAAAGUGGGUCGUUUGAUCUUCUCUGUAGGAGGUGUAGUUCACAGAAGUUGAGGCCCCACGACUACGGGCAGUGCCGCUCGCUGGGCCCUGGAUGACCUCCGCAGCUUUGAAGGCUUUCCCGUGCAUUCCCCGGACCACCGUUCGCUGAGCAGGACGUUUUUCCGCAUUUUUCAACUACCCCCGGCGGGCACAGCAACGAACGACGGCGAAACUUACCGCCUUCUCCACCGCGCGUGAAAAUCUCCCUCCUGCUUGCGCAGCGCGACAUCGUCACUUUUCGAAGUCUUACCGCUUCUCCUCAGCGACAAAGUUAGAGGUCGCACAGGAAAGCACGGUCGCGACCGCUCGGUUUCUGGCUACUUUGCUUCGGCUCAAGUGACGGCGAGUCUUUGAAAACGGUUCUCGAGAGAAAAAAGUUUCACCAGCCCCUGCUACUACUUGUGCAGCAACGUAGUUACGACCUGCGGAAAACGAUCUGUACGAUGGGUUGCGGUUCUUCGAAAGGCCAGAACGUCGCCCCGGAGCUGACCAUGACUCAGGUAGAGGCCUUCGAGCAAGUGUCUUCCGACGACAGCUUCACGCACAUUGCGGAUCCCAAUAGCGGUGGUGGUGGGGGUAACAAGAGCAGUGCGAGAGCACACCAGCAAGGUCCUGCGUCGUCGUCGAUCGAGAGGAUACAGAAGAACAUCAAGUCAUCUUCAACUACGGGCAGAACAAAAUUAUGAACUUGUAAAUUAAACAAGCAUCGCACCAGAAGUACGAGUAAGAAUUGAAUCGAUUCUUCCGUGUGAAAACGAGCAGAAAUGGAAGAAAAGCUGUCAUGCAGAAAAUGUUUCAAGUGACGUCAAGUGGUGCGAUCCAAUCCUUUUUCCACAGGAUACGAAAGCGGUAGCAAGACUAAUGCGAAUUCCACGCUCGACCCGGUUGAUUCGGAGCACUCCUCAGACCAGCUUUACCAGCAGGAGAAGCGAUACGGAAUCGGGGCCGGGAACAAUGAGGAAGAGGUCAUAGACGUGGUCUACAGUACGGAAGAGGAGGUGCAAGACGUGUCGGAGGGACGGCAUCACCGGGAACUGCUGGGAGGAGGUGCAGCUGGGUUAUCAUCAACAUCCUCAUCUUCGGCAGGAAGUAGAGUUGGUAGUGGUACUAGUACUUCAUCGUUGAAGAUCGGCGGAGGAAAGAAGAUCAAAUCCAAUAUUGUGUUUUCAGACACGAAGAAAACCGCCGGAAAUUUGAUGUUGCAAUAGCGAAGGUUGAAGUGGUUGUGCGAUAAUGAAUGUACUGCUGCCUUAUACCGGUGGUGCAUUUUUCAACUUCACGUUCAUGAGGACGUCGACGUGCAGCAGCACUAGUAUAGCUUCAAUCGCAGAUAGAGAUAGGCGCUGUUGUGUAAUAUGACCGCACAAGGAAAGAACGGUGCGGAACUGCGGC